AAAGGAAAUUAAUGUACUUUACUUGCUAUAUCGUUCUAGCUUUGUACCCUCUUCCUCUUUAAAUUUUGGGACUUCUCUCCCAGCUUGUCAUCACUUCUCUCCAUCUUCAAAUUUCAUCACUUCUCUCCAGCGUGCCCUUAAACAUAAUCACUCUCUGAAACCUAACUUGUACCUAAAAAGAUGGACUCGGUCAUACCAGGAGCUGAGUAUCAAGUGUUCCUGAGCUUUAGGGGCCCGGAUACUCGACAAGGGUUUGCAGACUGCCUUUAUCAUUACAUGAUUGAUGCAGGACUUCGCGUCUUCAGAGACAAUGAAGAGAUUCGCCAAGGUGAGAAGAUCGAAGAGAUCCUAAGAGCCAUAGACAACUCAGCCAUCUGCAUGCCCAUCUUCUCACAGGGCUAUGCUUCUAGCAAGUGGUGCCUCCGUGAACUAGCUGAAAUGGUGGAGAAGAAAAAAAAGAUUAUGCCUAUCUUCUAUGAUGUGACUCCUGAUGAUGUAAAGCUCAAAACGCCUCUUUAUCGUGAUGCUCUGCAAAGACAUGAGGAUAAAAAUGAGAAGACGCAGUGGGAGAAUGCACUGGAGAAGGUGGCUAAAAUAAAAGGAUCGAAACUAGAAGAUAUUGGUUAUGGUGAGUUAUGCAAAUUAAUUGUCAAAGAGGUCUUGGCUAAUUUGAAGGUAAAAAAUCGGGUUGUAACUAACAACCUAGUAGAAAUGGAUGAAAGUAUUGAAAACAUGUUGGCCUACUUAGACAUUCAAGCUCCUGGAGUGAGAUGUGUGGUUGUUCAUGGAAUAGGCGGUAGCGGCAAGACAACUCUUGCCAAGACUUUGUUCAAUCAACUAUCAACCCGCUUUGAGGCUUGUAGUUUCCUAGCAGAUAUUCGAGAGUCUUCAAAACAUGAACUUAAGCAUCUGCAGAAAAAGCUAAUUCGUGAUCUUCUACCAAAAGACUCAGGAACUAUUUCGGAUACCGAUGGUGGGCUCAACAUCCUCCAAGAAAGAUUACAUAAUAAAAAGGUUCUCAUAGUUCUUGAUGAUGUGGAUAAAAGAGAGCAAAUUGAGAGACUGGCUGGAAGUUCGAGUUGGUUUUCUCCUGGAAGUAGGAUAAUUGUCACAACCAGGGAUACACGAGUGUUAGUAGCUGAGCAAGAGCAUAUGAAAGAAGGCAACGGGAAGAAGUCGGAGGAAUUGUGGACUUUGGAAAUGGGAGAAAUGAAUUUUGAACGUGCUCUUCAACUAUUUUCGAGGCACGCUUUUAAAAUGGAUUAUCCUCCAAGUGACUUCCUCAAUCUAUCAAAAGAUGUUAUUUCUGUUAUCGGACGACUUCCUUUAGCUCUUGAAAUCACAGGUUCAUAUCUUUGUGGCAAACCUAAAGAAGCAUGGGAGGACAACCGAAAUAUGAUGGUGAGGAUACCGCAAAAGAACAUCCAGAAAACGUUAAUGAUAAGCUCCGAAGCCCUAGACUUUCGAGCAAAACAAAUCUUCCUUGAUAUAGCUUGUUUGCCAACUAAAACACAGAUAAAGACUGCAAAUUACAUGUGGGAAUCUUGCGGAUUUCGUCCAGAGAUGGGGACUAAAGAGCUAAUUUUAGCAUCUAUUAUUAAAGUAAGGGAUGAUGGCGAACUGUGGAUGCAUGACUAUCUCAAAGAUCUAGGAAAAGAAAUUAUUUGUAUAGAGAACUUUAUGGAUUCUGGGAUGCGCAGCCGGUUGUGGGAUCAUGAGGAAGCAUUGGGUAUAUUGAAGAGAAAAGAGGGAUCCGAAAACAUUCAAGUGUUGUAUCUUUUAAGUGAUGAUCCUACACAAAAAUGCAAUCUCUUUCAAGGUCAUUUUAGAAAAUUUCGCAAUCUGAGAUUACUUUAUUUGCAUGGGAUUAAUAUUGUCAGGAAUUUCGAGCAUCGAUUUCAAAAGUUAAGAUGGCUAUCUUGGCAUUCUUGCCCUUCGGAUUUCAAGGCGACCAAUCUAUAUAUGGAGAACCUAGCAAUUCUUGAUCUCUCCAACAGUGAUAUCUGCGAAGAAUGGGAAGGAUGGAGCCAAAGAAAGGAGAUGAUGAGGAUGAUCCGAGAGAUGGUGGUCUGGAAGGAAAAGAAAGUGAUCAGUAGAAGCCAUUGCGAGUGAGGGAAGGAAAGAACAUUCCGGUUGUUCUUGUGACCGAGAAAAGAAAAGCUCGUGAGUUCCAACCGAGAGCCUUUUGAUACGCGGGACUUGGAGGAGGAAGCCGGAGAAGAAAAGAGCAGUAGAGAUUGAUGUUGAUGAUGCAGAGGAGCUGAUGAUCAAGCUCGGGGUCAAGAGGUGAUGGGAGAUGUCUCUAUUUGUAGGUGUCCAGAGAGGAAGAGAUAGAGAGAGAACGAGAGAGAGGUUGGUUUAUGAUCUGGUCUCAUUCGGUUCAGAGCAGGGAAUGGGCAAUGUUGUCUGUUGACUGAUGUAGCAAGAUGGCGUCCAGAGAGAGAGUGAGGGUUACUUUGCUGUAACCGAAGAAGAAUCGCAUAGGAAGGGAAGCAACCCUCGCAGUUGCAGAGUUGGGGCAGCCCAAAAAAAAAUGAAGUUGAUGGAGGUGACGGGAGGGCACGCUUGCGUGAAGAUGAUAGAGAGGCAGAUGAUGGGCAUGGCAGUUCGACGCUGGGACAGAGUUGCAGGGAGGAGCAGGUUGGACUCGAGGAAGCAAGCCAGCAACUUGCACAAGAAGCAGAGAAGAGAACCGAAGAGAAAGGAAAAAGAAAAGAAGAAAAAAAUGGUCAACUAGUCCCGGAAGAAAAAGAAAAGAAUAGAAAAGGAAGGAAGGAAGAAAAGUGGAAUAGGUUUUGGAGGGAAAAGGAUACUGGGGAGGGGGGAGGGCUCGCUAAUUGCUUUAAUGAAGUUUACGUGGAGGAUAACGGUAAUGUGUACAAAAAUUAACGGCCACAUCAACAUUUGACGGUUUUAUUUGGACGGAAGGAGACGGCGUGCUAGAUUAUAAAAAAUUUCGAAACUUUGGGGUUUAUAAAAUUUUUAAAUUAAGGAAUAUUUGAAUAGUAUGUGUUUUUUUAGGUUUUUACCCUUUUAUCAAUUCUAGCAUAAACUUUUUUUCUUAACCUAAAAAUACACAAACUAUCAAUUUGAUAUUAAUGUUAACACGACUUCCAUUUUUUGAUCAUGGGUCUCAACGACAACCACCGCUCACCCAAUUAGAGUUGUCCAUGACGGUGAGAUCUCCGGUGACCCUAAUUAGGGAAUGGUGGCCGUCAAUAAGACUCCCACCACCUACCCCCUUCAUUUGUUUGUCGAAAUUUUUUUUUUUCAAGUUCCAGAGGUAAAGGCCUCAUCGGGGCCUAGCGCCGCCUCUAUAAGGUCGCCAGCAACCUCGGCUACUCCAAUCGGAGGGUCUGGCCAUCGAUUCUCAUUUAAAUUAACGAACAAAUUUAGUGCUAAAAUUGAUAGUUCGUGCAUUUUCCGGUCAAGAAAAAAGUUAGUGCUAGAAUUGAUAAAAUAUGAAAAGUUUGUAUUUUUUAGGCAAUUAACCCAAUUUAAUAUGCUGGAGUUUGAAAAAUUCAAAAAAAUUAAGUUUAGUUUUUGAAAUUAAAAAUUACUUAAGAACUAGUGUUGCAUAUCUAUAUGUUCAUAUAUAUAAAUAUGAAAAUUAAUUGGAAUUGCAGUUACAUGCAGUAUCAAAAGCAACUAAAUUCCCUAAAAUUGUGCACACUAAAAAAAAUCUCCUAAAAAAUUAAAAGAAAAUUUAAAAACAAAUAAUGGUAGUUAAAGAUGUUUAACAAGAAAAAAUAAAUAAAGGAGUUCCAAUCCCUAAAACUAAAGACAAGUUUUAACUGAUUUUAAUAAAUGAACUACUUACAAAUUGGAAGAAG